CAUCCUUUCCCAGAAUGAAGAUCCUGAUUUUGACAAUGUUGGUGGGUGUCUGUCUUUGUGGUCUCGUGGAACGUGAUAUUCUCGACGUUUUAAAACAACUUCAACUUAACAACUUUCUAUCAACGUUAUCGGUAGAUCAACAAUUGUUGCUUGUUGAUAUGGUUUCUCACGCAGAUGCUGGAACUCUAACAAAUUUCAUUAAUACUGUUGGAUACUCAAGAAUACUAGAGAUCCUCAUAGCCCUGAGUGCUGACGACGAGCGAAUCUUUAAAAACUAUGUCAUACAGCGGUUAACACUAGAAGCUCAGGGCCCUAUUAAUGCACAUCACGGUGUGGCUUCCGGUCACGGUCAGUGAAUGGGCUGAGUGACGAGAAUUCAUUGUUAAUGUACUCAAAAUAUACAUAUUUUGAUUGAAACAAAUAA